AUGCUCAUGAUCUGUUUGUCGGACAGAGGUUCUUCCUUCCAAAUGCUUCAAGUCACGGAUUUUCAUUUGGAUGUGGAUUAUUCUACUCAUGGGGACCCGGCAAAAAUGUGCCACAUCACCAAUCAGUUGACUGGCUUGGGUGUCGAACUCGGACGUUUUGGUGACUAUAUGUGCGACUCGCCCGAGACCCUCGUACGGUAUAUGAUGUCUGAAGCGAAGCGGCUCGUGCCAAGCCCGGAUCUGAUUCUCUGGACCGGGGACAAUGUUCCGCACCUGGAGGGCUACGAUAUGCCAUAUGUGUUCAAUGGCAUUUCCUUGGCGACCAAAAUUCUCGCUUCGACGUACCCCAAUGCAACAAUAUUGCCGACGUUUGGAAACCACGACUACGCGCCGGCAAACGACUUUGUUGAACAGAGUCCCCUCUAUCAAUACGCGUACGAUGUUUGGGAGGAGUGGCUCGGAAAUGAACAAAAGAAGACUUUCCUGCAAGCCGGCUAUUACAGUCAUCUUCUGCCCGGGGGACGACAGGAGAUUCUGGUCCUCAAUACCAAUCUCUACUAUGCGUUGAACGAGGCUGCCGCCAACUUCUCCGAUCCCACGGACCCCGGGGGACAAUUCAGCUUUUUAGAAGAAAGAUUGAAGGCGGCCGCUGAUUGUAGGGAUAUUUUGGCACGUAAGCGAUCGGCGAGUGCGGGCUGCGUGCAUACGGUGCACCUCGUUGGUCAUAUUGGUCCGGGCGCAUUCGAACGAACUCCAAAUAUCACUUGGUUCCGCCCGUUCUACAACGAUCGGUUACUGGCUUUGGUUGAACGGUUUUCCUCGAGCGUUGGGUGGAUGCUGUUCGGCCAUCAUCACACCGAUACUUUUCAUAUCAUUCGGGAUUCAACAGGACUGCCGAUUAACGUUGCUUGGAUGUGCCCCGCAGUGACCCCCUGGUUUUCAACGUUACCGGGAGCCGGUUCCAACAACCCGACGUUUCGGGUGUACGAUAUCGACGAUCAGACCGGCACUAUCAUCGAUUUUACAACCUAUGCCUUGAACCUGGCAGAGCUGAAUAAAGGCGGGAAUAGCAGUGUCCGGGUGGAAUAUCGAAUGCGUGAGGCGUACCAGCUAAAAUCCCUGGCAUCGAGUGAAAUGUCAAAGCUGCUGGAACGAUUCGAAGACGAUGAUAGUUUGUUCUUACAAUAUAUUGGAUACAACUCGGCUGGCUACAAUGCGACGAUGCCUGUCAACGAAUACCGGAUGGCUCAGCUAUGCUCGUUGCGAUACGCGGACUACCAGCGUUACUUUGAAUGUAUGGCGAACAGGGACGUUGGCACCACCAUAACCACCUGGUCAGCGCCAACCACAACAAAAAUAGCGCAUAAUGCUGACCACCACCUGUUGAUUGUCGUCGAGGCAUUAAUCGUUUACCGCCUCGUGACAUCGUGG